GUCGCGCUUAGUUUUGUUGUUGUGCUGCGGGUUUCCGCCACGUACAGCCAGCGAGGAGAGCCAUACAAAUGUGCGGCUAAAUCUUUUUUAAUGUGACACACUUACAUUUAGUUAAUGUCCAGGUAUUUCUAAAGUAGGAAACAGAGGCACUGACAGGCAGCAAUGUCGCUGUAUGAUGACCUCGGUGUGGGUGCCAGUGACACCAAGACCGAAGGAUGGUCCAAGAACUUCAAGCUGCUGCAGUCCCAGCUGAAAGUGAAGAAGGCGGCUCUGACUCAGGCCAAGACCCAGCGGAUGAAGCAGACCACUGUGUUGGCCCCAGUUAUUGAUUUAAAGAGAGGAGGUUCCAAUGAUGACAGACAGAUCACAGACACUCCUCCACAUGCUGCUGCUGGACUUAAGGACGCUGUGCCCAGCGGUUUCUCCUCUGGCGAUGUGCUGAUCCCGUUGGCAGAUGAGUACGAUCCAAUGUUCCCUAAUGACUACGAGAAGGUGGUGAAGCGACACAGAGAAGAACGGCAGCGGCAGAGGGAGCAGGAGCGUCAGAAGGAGAUUGAGGAGAGAGAGAAAAAAAGGAAAGACCGGCACGAUGGUGGAGCUCCAAGUGGUUUCUCUCGUUUCCCUGCAGCAGAGGGUGAGUCAGAUGAGGAAGAGGACUAUGAGAAAGAGCGGAGGAAACGAAGUGGAGCAGCUAUCGCCCCUCCUUCUUCCCUUGUGGACAGGGAUGGCUCAACUUCAUUCUCCUACGAUGAUGAAGGUCGUCCAGCCAGAGGCUCAAAAGCAGCCAUCCCUCCACCUAUGUAUGAGGACUCAGAGCGGCCGCGUUCACCGCCUGGACCAACCAGUUCCUUCUUGGCCAACAUGGGAGGUACGGUGGCCCAUAAGAUCAUGCAGAAGUACGGCUUCAAAGAAGGCCAGGGCCUGGGGAAGCACGAGCAGGGCCUCAGCACGGCGCUGUCUGUGGAGAAGACCAGCAAGAGAGGAGGAAAGAUCAUCAUAGGCGACGCUGCAGAAAAACCGGGGUCCAGCCAGGCGGGUGCUGCUGAGGCUGCAGGCGGAGGCGCUGCAGCUGACUCUUCCAAGAAGUCGGAGGCCAACCCGCUCACAGAGAUCCUCAAAAACCCGACCAAAGUUGUUCUACUGAGGAACAUGGUGGGCCGAGGAGAGGUGGAUGAAGACUUGGAGGGAGAGACCAAAGAAGAGUGCGAGAAAUAUGGCAAAGUGGUUAAAUGUGUCAUUUUUGAGAUUGCAGCAGUGCCGGAUGACGAAGCUGUUAGGAUUUUUUUGGAGUUCGAGAGGGUGGAGUCGGCCAUCAAAGCUGUGGUGGAUCUGAAUGGGCGUUAUUUCGGCGGGCGAGUCGUCAAGGCCUGCUUCUACAAUCUAGACAAGUUUCGAGUUUUGGAUCUCGGCGAGCAGGUCUGACAUCUCCCCAGGCACCGACAGACACCAUCAUCUCCUCACUUGUACAUAAACCUUUUUUUAAUAUUUCCCAAACAGCAGUCGAGUGUCUGUAUGUAGUGAUGAGUCAGUCUUGUAGAUUAUUCUUUUUUUCUGUGAUGAAAAAUACCUUCAUGUCAGCACAAAAUAAAUGGUUUAAACUA